AUGUCAAGUGGUGGUGAAAGACCAGGAAGUGAGAAGCAGGAAUACUACAGGCAACGGAGGCUGAGCAGUUAUAUCCUUAGACGUGGGUUCAUACGCGACUGUCUGGAAGAACAGGUUCUCCCAAAAAGCGCUCCAAAACAGCUAACAAGCAAGAAUGUCCCAUUCAGCGAUAGUGCAAGAGCAUACCUUCGGGAGGCACUCAACACACUAACCGACGAGAUAAACGCACUACGGGAAAGCGGCUCGACGGACUCACUACCCCUACGCCUCAAGAGGAAGCUUAGAGAGGAGGAGCGGCAGCAACGAGAAAAACUGACCAGAAAAUUAAAAGAAUUAUGCUCCCACAGCAAAUGGAACAACGCAGGACGGCUGGACAUCAUUCAAAAUCUUUCCAACACACCACUGAACGAGACAGAAAUGCAAGCUCUGUCCCUGGGAUUAAAAUUUGACUCAGGACAACCUAGAUUCAAAUACAACGAACUGCUCAACAAAAACUACAACUGGAAGGAGAAGGACGUCGACAAGGGCUUCAAACAAGGAGUCAUAGCGUGCUACCAGGCGAUCGCCGAGGAUGAAGAGCCUGGACUGCCAAGGAGGUUUCGCACUGCAUUAGAGGAUCUCGGCAGACGCACGGACAUCGUGAUAACUCAAGCGGAUAAAGGCGGCGGCGUAGUGGUAAUGAAGAGGACCGAAUACGUGGACAAGAUGCAGCAGUUGCUUAGUGACAGCAACACUUACAAGAAAACUAGAACAGGAUUCGCAGAAAAAGAGGCCGCCAAAUUCAGCAAAGAAGUGAGGAAGAUUUUAUCUAGAACAGACAGAGGAAAGAAACUAAUUGGCUUUCUCGAAGAGGCACCACGUCCACCAAGGAUGAGAGGGCUCCCAAAACUACACAAACCAGGAGUCCCGAUGAGACCUAUAACAUCGGGAAUAGGAAGCGCUCCUCACCGGCUCGCGAAAGUAUUGGCGAAACCGCUAUCAGUAGCAAUGGGAACCAUCAGCAGCGCCCACUUACGCAACUCUACGGACCUUAUCGAACGGAUACGUCACGUGGACCUUGCGGGGAAGAAGAUGGCCAGCUUCGAUGUGAAGGCUCUCUUCACGAACGUACCAGUGGUUGGGGCAAUGAAAGCGGUGCAGAAAGUAAUCGAAAGUGUUAGUGAAAGUGAAUUACCAGUGAACAAGACGGAUUACAUAAAACUAGUGUCUCUGUGUGUGAAGUUUGGGUGCUUUACGUUCGGUGAGGAGGAGUUUGUGCAACACAGAGGUUUAGCCAUGGGUUCCCCUAAGUGCAGUUAUGGCUUCCUCUACAUGGAGUUACUCGAAAGCGAGAGUUUAGUGCGUGUGAUGGGGAGCGAAUCACUGUGGUUUCGUUACGUUGAUGACAUUAUAGUAAUAAUGCCGACAGACACCAACGUUAACGACAAACUCUGUAAGCUCAACGAAGUAAAUGAGCACAUACAGUUUACAGUGGAGGAGGAAGUUAAUGGUGUGUUGCCGUUUCUAGAUAUCAGGCAUAGUAAUAGGGUUCUUCUUACGUGCCUUCAGAGUGUGCAGUGA